AUGUGCACGGUUGAGAAGGGUUCUUCCGGAUUUGAUUGCAAAGAACCAAGGGGGUUUUGUUACAUAGCUCACAAUAUCAUGAUUUGUCAAGACUUAGUUCAGCAUUAUGGAAGGAAGCAUUGUAAGCCGAGUUGUAUGAUUAAAGUUGAUUUGCAGAAGGCAUAUGACACAAUAAAAUGGGAUUUUAAAGAGGAAAUGCAAACUGCUUUUAAGUUCCUGAAGAAGAUUAUUCAGUUAAUCAUGAUAUGUGUUAGAUCACCUAAAUUCUCCUUAUUGCUCAAUGGCUCUCUGCAUGGUUUCUUUGCAACUAAAAGGGGAUUAAGGCAAGGGGACCCAAUGUCUCCAUUAUUUUUUGUGUUAGAUUUUAUCUCUAUUCUAUGGAUGCUUAGAGGACUCAAACUGUUUUCGGGGACAUCAGGUUUGGUACCAAACCAGAACAAAUCUGCUCUAUUCUGCAGUGGUAUGGUGGAGGCUGAGAAAAUUUCUUCAGUGGAAUGUGGCAUUAUUUUAGAGAAAAUGGUGCAUAGAAUCAGGCAAUGGAGCUCUCGAAAUUUAUCUUAUAUGGGCAGAGUUACAUUAAUUAAUGCAGUUCUUCUUUCUAUACACUUCUAUUGGGCCCAAAUCAUGAUAUUGCCGAAGAGGAUACUGAAGGAAAUUGAUGCCAUUUGUAGAGCCUUUCUUUGGAGAGGAAUGAGUGAUCAUGCAGGGCCUGGUCUUGUUGCUUGGCAUAACAUUUGUAAUUCUAAGACAGGUGGAGGAUUGGGUUUUAAGAGGGUUGUGGACUGGAAUAUUGCAGCUAUGGGGAAAUAUAUAUGGGCAAUUGCUUCCAAAAAAGAUAAUUUGUGGGUUAAAUGGAUUCACAAUAAAUAUUUGAAGCAAUUGGAUUGGUGGGAAUAUAAAGCUCCCUCGGCUUGCAGCUGGUAUUGGAGGAAAAUGGUGGCUGUUAAGGAUAUUUUUAAAGCAAAAAUAGAUUUGACAUCCUUUUCAGUUAUGAAAUUCAGUAUUAAAACAGGUCAUGACUUGUUGUUUGCUUCACCUCUCAAAGUGCAUUGGGCAAAGUUUGUUUGGGAGAGAUUUUCUAUACCAAAGCACAGGUUUAUACUUUGGUUAGUUAUGCUUCAGAGAUUGCAUACCAGGGUCUUCAUUCGCAAUUACAACUCAACUAUAGAUCCAUCUUGUCUAUUCUGUGGAGAACAUAAUGAAGAUAUUCAACAUCUCUUUUUUCAGUGUAAAUAUAGCAAGCAAUGUCUAUUACAGGUGAAGAAAUGGCUGGGUUGGAUAGUAAAAGCAGAGGAUUAUGAGAACUUGCUGCAAUGGAUAUUCAAAACAAGGAGAUGGAGCAGAUUUCGAAAGAGUAUCUUGACAGCUGUUGUUGCUUCCUUGAUUUAUCACAUUUGGAGAGUGAGGAAUGACAUACUAUGGUCACAAAAGGUUUGGUCUACAGCUCAUACGGUCCAAGCAAUACAAAGAGAUAUUAGUAUGCGAAUAUACACUAUAAUACCAAACAAGACAAAUCAUUUAGAUAUAGAUUGGUUUCAUGCUAUUUGUAAAAAUAUGUAG